CUAAACACGAAGAGUUUACUCGCAGAUGCCGCUGAAGUUUGACCGAGGUCUGAUUAUUGCUCAAGUCAGAUUCGAGUGUAGGCUGGUGGGUGGUUUCUCACCCACGCUCGGUACUUUUACCCUUCUUCCUUCAAGUGUUAGGGGUUUUUAUUAAGUGACAUCGGAUUAUGAAAAACAUGACUUUUCGACGUGUAAAGAAGCUGAACUCAAACGAACCGGACAGCGGCUCGCUGUGUCAGGACAGCGGGGAUAUCUACUUUUCGUCCUCUAAAUCGGACAGUUUUGGGACUGUGGAUCGUGGACCCUCAAACACCGGUGAGGUUUAUAACUACAAGACCCUGGCUUACUCCGGAGGGACACUGCCGAGAAACUUUAAAAAGAAUGGUGGGCUACAGAAAUGGAAGCCACUUGCGCAGUCACCAGAACCGCAACGGAAAACUGUGAUCUUGGAGAAGAAAGAAGAUGAGGCUUUCGGCUUUGAAAUACAGACAUACGGACUGCAUCACCAAAGCGAGAACUCGGUCGAGAUGUGCACCUUUGUUUGCAAAGUCCACGAAAAAAGCCCUGCCCAGCUUGCGGGCAUUAAAGUUGGAGACACCAUUGCCAGCGUGAACGACAACUCUGUGGAAGGGUUUCGCCACAAAGAGAUCGUUCAACUCAUUAAAUCAUCUGGCAACAACAUUAGGUUGGAAACCGUGUAUAGUGACUCUAUAAGAAAAGCAGAAUUGGAAGCCCGACUACAGUAUUUAAAGCAAACCCUUCAUGAGAAAUGGGAUGAGUACAGAUCUCUAAUGGUGCAGGAACAGAGACUCGUACAUGGCAUCGUCAUGAGUGAUGUGGCAAUAUACGAGUCUCUGGAGUCAGCCGGAGUGUAUGGCAGCCUGGGUGCUCCGAGUCCCGCAGCCCUGCGUGCGAUUUGUGGGACGGACAGCACAAGCAGCAGCAUCAGCGCUCUCAGUGCCACCACGACGGAGGAUGAUCAUUUCUACCAGACCUGCAUCUUCCAGGGGGACCGCACCAACGCCAGCAACGAUGAACUCGAUUCUAAUAGGGAGAAGGGACAGGGCGGACGUCAACGCCUGAUACGCCCCGCCAGCGAGCUUUUCGCAUCUGCAAAGACGACCCUGUCCCGCAGCGCCAGCACGCGAAGCUACCUGAGGGCUCCCGCGGGGUCAGCGCCGUCCUCUGUGCCUAAUGGAGAGAAACAGCAGUGCGGAGGCUUCAGCGGACUGCAGCGCAAACCCAAACAAAAGAGCUUCAGGCGGAGAUUAUUGAAAUAUAUCCCGGGUUUAAAACGACCUAUUGAGGAAGAGGAAAGCAAGCUUUGAGAAACGAACUGAGAUUUAGAGACUCAACCAAAGAUGGUUUAAAACGGGCGAAAUGUGUGCAAAAAACAUACGAAUGGAGACCAAAGAUAUACCAAAGAAAACGGUGACGACAGAAAGAGAUUUAUCGGACAAGACAGCAAGGUUUUUUUUGUCAAUAAACUAGUUUUUUAUAAUUAUGAGGCUUUAACAGAUCCUGGUCAUCUUGAAUCUCAUUUGCAGUAUUAUUAAAGGGAUAGUUUGCCCCAAAAUAAAAAUUCUGUCAUAAUUUACUCACCUUCCAAAUCUGUAUAAAUUUCUUUGUUCAGGUGAACACAACGAAUGAUAUUUGGACAAAUGCUUGAAACCAAACAGUUCUUGGACCCCAUUGACUAACAAAAUAGGAAAAAUUACUUUUAUUUUUUUUGUUUGUUCUGUUGAGCACAAAAGAAGAUGUUUUGAUGAAUGUAUGAAAGCAAACAGUUCUGGGGCACUUUUGACUACCAUUGUCCUUUUUCCUACUAUGCUAGUCGAUGGUGGCCAAGAACUGUUUGGUGACCAGCAUUCUUCCAAAUAUCUGUCUUUGUGUUCAUCAGAACAACAACAUUUAUACAGAUUUGGAACAACUCUGAAGGUGAGUUAAUGACAGAAUUUUCAUUUUUGGGUGAACUAUCCUUUUAAAUUAGAAAAAUGUAUAUGAAUUUUCCCCCGAAGGAAUUUUAGGUCUUGGCUUGAAUUUUUCUUUGGCUAUUCAGUAGUUAUAAUUUGAAAUCAAGUGUGCCAAAUGUUUCCAAAGCCCUUGCUUUGAAACUCUGAAUACAAAACAUUGACAAAACAGUUAUACACAAAAUUUUAUGUUUGCUUGUAAUGCUGAGAGCAGAUGGGUCGGGGUAUUACUGUUUGUUGCAGGAAUAUUGUUUAAAAUACUGUAACAAAUAACAAAACCAACAAGUGUCUAGUACAGAUGGCGGCGAAAACGGCCUACAAAUGUGUGUCUUAAAGUCUCAGCAGACUCGGUUGUGAACAUUGUCUAACAACUUUAUUUCCUGGUGCACAUUUAGCACCUUUCUUAAAUCAAGAAGUAAAUGUUUGUAAAUACAUCAUGUCAAGUUUAAGUUAUUUAUUUAAUUUGUUUUUGAGGGUGGCUUGUUAUUCGAAGAUGUACAAAAUGAAGGAUUUUUUAUUUGAUCAUUCAUAUUUGAGAUUGGUAAAUACUCCUGAAGGAUAUUUAAAUUUGCCCCUUUUAUUUGUGUAAGUGACUUUUUCUAUUUUUGGAAGUACAGACUGAAAAUAAAAUAAUUGUAUUGUUGUC